AUGCGCCUGGUAUCACUUGUCGCUGUUGUUGGCGCUGUGCUUAUCCCUUCAACCAGUGCCCGUCCUGCGAGUUGUCGUCCUCACAGACCAACAACUACUUCUUUGGUUUCUAGUUCCAUAACAACUUCUGCUGCUGGUGUAGAGAUCUCAAGCACCGAUGCCGCUUCCACCACCCCCACAACUUCUUCCAAAACAACAAAUGUGAUCGAGACCACAAACAGUGUGUCUGCCACUGCUACUUCUGAUAUCAUUAGCGACUUCGUUGCCACGACUUUGGGCCUCACCACCGCAGCGGAGUCUGCUUUAGACACGAUAACUCUGAUCACAACUGCCACCACGAAUACGGAAACGAUCCCUACUGAGAUAUCUGGAAUCAAGUCAACAAGCGCCGAUGAGAUGUCUUCUACUGGAACAGCUACUGUCACUUUAACAACUCUUGAGACGACGACUACUGAGACUAUGCUUGUUUCUGGGACAACAACUAUCGAGCAAACGACGGAUCAGAUUACCUCUGCUGAGGCAACAGCUUCCACCGACGAUGUGACCACAGUGGAACAACCGACAGACUAUACUACAACUUCCGAGACAACACCUACUGCCGAGACGACCACUACGGCAGCUCCUGAGGCGACUAAAGCUCUCCUCAACGGCGGAUUUGAAGAUACGACAAGUAGCCCCUGGGCUUUCUCAAGCGGACAAAUCGUGAAUGAUCCCAGCCUCGCUCACUCAGGAUCCAACUUUGCACGACUUGAGGUCCAAAACCAGCAAGCUCAAGGCCAAAUACGUGUCGAACAGCUUACCAGCACAAGCAAUACCAAGCGAUAUACUCUCAGCUUCUACGCCACUGUUCUCUCUACGCCUAAUAUGAAACCCGGUAUUAGUUGCCAGGUUACUCCUUUCCAGGAUAGUUCGUCGUUUAAUGGACAGAGUCUACUGCUGGACUUCUCGGCGCUCAACACAUACAAACAUUUUACAUAUACCUUCACCCCAUUUAACAACAAUUUCUUGCUCAAGCUGGGAGUUGGAUGUUCCAGAGGCAUGGCCACCACGUUUUCUGUUGCGAUUGAUGAUGUUUCUAUCGUUGAGGUCGUCUAG